AUGUGGUCGGUCAUUGUAGUAAUGAAUGAUAAUACUACUACUACUACUACUACUAGUAAAACAGAGUUAUUUUCAAGAUUACUAAGAAAUGUGAUCAUUAAAAGAUAUAUAUUCGAUCAAGUUACCAAAAUAUCAUCAUUAUUAUUAUCAUCAUCACACAACAAUAAUUCAACAAUAAAUAAUCAUUUAAAGAUUUAUAAAUGGAGUCAAUUAAAAGAUAAUAUUAAUCAAUUAUCAAGAUAUGGAUACAUUGAUCGAAUCAAAAAAGUGUUAGACGUCAAAAACGAUUGGUCUAUUCAAAAUAUCGUUGGUCUAGAGAUGGAGAUUUACCAUACACUCCUCAUUUGA